AUGGCUGAUGGAAGUGAUCAUGAAGAUUUCGAUGGUUUUGCUUGUGAUUGUAUCGUAUCUCAACUCUAUGAAGCAUUACCUGGUUCACCAAGUUAUAAAAUUGGUAUUGUACCCUAUCUAUCAACAUAUGAUACUCAAGAUCAAGCACGACAUCGUGGUUAUUGGAUUCCCGGUGUUCCGGUAAAAGCUCGAAUAACUGAUGUAAAACGAGAUGAAAAAUUUGGAUUGCAUCUUAUAAAUGCUUAUUUAUAUGUAAUUGAACUGGAACAUGGACCAUUUCGAUGGACAGUGGUUAAGCAGAAUAAAGAUUUUGCUGUGCUUGCUGCUCGACUACUCACGCAUCGAGCUGCAGAACGAAUACGAGCUCCGGUUAGGAGAGCACAGGAAGUCUUAGAUGAUGCGCUUGAAUCGAUUGGUGUUGAUAUAAUACCGGAUCACCGGAAUGAUUGUCCGUAUCGUAAGACAUCAGAUCAUCAAAAGAUUCAUAAUUUGAAUAGGUCUGAUGAUCGUGAUAAUAUACAUCAAAGUGGUACUACGAAAAACGAAAUCAAUACUGAGCAGCAGUCGGUUCCCACCGAUUUCACCCGAACUGCUUCAGUUCGUAUACCAAAUGUAUCACCACUAACAAGGGAAAACAUUUUGAAACAAAGAAAUGUACGAUUGAGCGAAAUAAAGAGGCAUCAGCUGCCAUCACUUGGUUUUGUUCCGGAUGCGGUUAUUGAUCCAAAUGAACGUCGGCAGAGAUUGGAGAAAUGGCUUCAAGCAGUAUUGCAUAUACCUGUGAAUAGAAAUCAUCACGAAACAGCAGAAUUUUUGGAAGUAUCGCGUUUUUCAUUUAUAACUGAAUUGGGUGGUAAAUAUUGCGAAGGUUUCGUAAAAAAACGCCCUGGUGGUGGAAGAGUUUUUAUCGGUUGGAAGCAAUGCUGUGUUCGUUAUUGCUUAAGAUGGUCGAAACGGUGGCUUAUUUUAAAAGAUUCAUCAGUUUGUUAUAUGAAUCCAAGAACUGAACAGAUACGUUUCGUACUUUUAUUUGAUCGUGAUUUCGAUGUUUCUGCUGGAAUUAACGAAACAGUUGGAAUGCCAGAUGGUUUGGUUAUCAGUAAUCAACAACAUAUAUUAGCAUUGAAAUGUCGAACACCACUGGAUGCCAUACAAUGGAAGGCAGCAAUACUGGAAUCAAUGAAUAGCGUUGGAAGGAUUUGGCUAGAAAAUCAUCCGUACGGAUCAACAUUUCCGGUGCGACGUGCACAAAGUGUUCAAUGGUUUGUUGAUGGACGAUCAUUUAUGGAACAUGCAGCUAAUAUGAUGGAAUUAGCACGUGAGGAAAUUUUCAUUGCAGGCUGGUGGUUAUCACCAGAAAUUUUUAUGAAAAGACCGCCAGUGGAGGGAAAUCGAUGGAGACUUGAUGAAAUUUUAAAGAGAAAAGCAGAACAAGGAGUCAGAAUAUUUGUUCUCCUAUACAAAGAAAUGGAAAUGGCCCUUGGCAUUAACAGUAUAUACACUAAACGAACUCUACAAACGCUUCAUAAAAAUAUUAAGGUACUUCGUCAUCCUGAUCAUUAUCUUUCAUCGGGUACAUUUUUCUGGGCUCAUCACGAAAAGUUAAUCGUUAUUGAUCAGCUUAUAGCAUUUGUUGGCGGUGUUGAUUUGUGCUUUGGUCGUUGGGAUGAUUGUCGUCAUAAAUUGGCUGAUUGUGGUUCGGUAAAAAUUUCCGAACAGCAAAAUAUCUGUUUAGGUGGUGAUUUUUCCAUGGUGAAAAGUGUUAGACAGAUUGUGACAGCAGCUGGAAUACUGUCACCUAUCGGAUUAGAGGAAAAUGAAGAGGUGACAAAGAAAAGUGUCGGGUACGAUGAAAUUGACAGGUCGAAUGAUUUGAUUGAUGAAGAAACUGAAAAAAUCAAAAAAACCAAAACAAAGAAUGUACAGAGAUGUUCAACAAAUUUUGCUAGACGGAAGCAGCACAAGAAAAGUCAACAUAAUGAAGGUGAUCAUGAAGCACCGCGGAAGUUAACUGAACAUAAUCAUGUCCUUCUGUCAGUGGUUAAGCAUACGCAAACUGUGAUAAGAAGGUCCAAAUCAACAGCUGAGACACCACCCAUUGAAAUGCUAAAUAUGAAUGCUGAAAGGAUGGAUAUUCAUGAUGCGAUGGAUAAAUAUAAGGCUUAUGUACAUAGUGGAAAAGCAGAAGAGGCAAAACACAAUGCUGAGAAGAAAUCAACACCGCCACCACAACGUAAGAUAUUGUCGAAAGUAGCACAUAGCUUAAAACCAUCAUCGGCUAAGAAGAACUGGCAAAAAGUUAAGCAGGAAACAACUCGAUAUGAUUUCAGAUAUAUGGAAUUACGUGAUCAAAACGAAAAAAUUCGUGCAAUGGAGGAACGUAUGACAGGUGCUGGAAAAUUAUGGGUUGGGAAAGACUACGCAAAUUUCAUUCAUAAGGAUUUUGUUGAACUCGAUAUGCCAUUUCAUGAUUUUAUCGAUAGAAAUGUGACUCCACGGAUGCCUUGGCAUGAUAUUCAUGCUUGCACAUAUGGUAGUGCUGCACGUGAUAUUGCUCGACACUUUAUUCAAAGAUGGAAUGCAACUAAGACGGAAAAAUCCAAAGAAUUGAAGGAAUAUCCCUUUUUGCUACCUAAAUGUUAUGAUACCAUUAAAGUACCACGGGUUCUAGAAACAUAUAGUAGCUUAGCUGAUGUGCAAAUUUUACGUUCAGUUUCUAAAUGGUCAUCACUUACCAACUGUACAGAAGAUAGCAUUCAACAGGCAUACCUCUCUCUUAUUGCAAAUGCACAGCAUUAUAUUUAUAUUGAAAAUCAAUUUUUUAUUUCCAUUAUUGAUAGCGAUGAUGUGAGAAAUGAAAUUUGCAAAGUACUUUGCGAACGAAUCAAACGGGCCUAUCGUGAAAGAGCAAAAUUUCGGGUAUACAUAAUGCUGCCACUGCUUCCCGGCUUUGAAGGUGAUAUUGGUGCACCAGGUGGUUCAGCAUUACAAGCUGUUUUACACUGGACUUAUAAAUCACUUUCCCGAGGACCUGAUUCGUUGAUCGAAAGUCUUAAAAGAUUUGUGCCCGAUCCGAUGGAAUAUAUUCAUAUUGGUUCUUUACGCACUUAUGAAAUUCUUUCUGGAAAAUUGCUAACCGAACUAAUUUACAUCCACUGUAAAUUAAUGAUUGUGGAUGAUCGAUAUGUGAUUAUUGGAUCAGCAAACAUAAAUGAUCGUUCACAAGUUGGUAAUAGAGAUUCGGAAGUUUGUAUCCUUGUCAAAGACUACGAAAAUGUUUCAUCUCGAAUGGACGGGAAACCGUAUGAUGCGGGUAAAUUUGCGUUCAGUUUACGUAAGACAUUGAUGAUGGAGCAUCUUGGUUUACUGCCGGAACAAAAAAGAAAACCACCGAAAAGAAAAAUUGAUGUGGAUGAUCCUGUUACUGAUUCGUUUUUUGUUGGUACAUGGGGAGCUAUUGCAAAAAAGAAUACAGAAAUAUUUGAAAAAGUCUUCAAUGUUAUUCCAACAGAUAAGCUGAAAGAUUUCGUAGAAGUACAAAUGCACGUUGCGAAAAUACCAUUAAGUGAAACUGUUCCACAGGUAGCAGAAGAAUAUCUUCGUGAUUUGAUUGGUAAUCUUGUGGAAUUUCCAUUAAAUUUUCUUGCUAAUGCUAAUCUUGCUCCAGGCUUUACAUCUAAAGAAGGUAUUGUACCGUCAUCGGUUUUUACAUAA